GUCAUGAUGACUUAUUUAGCUGCUGCCAAAGCAAAAACUUCAGAGGGGCUUCUUACACCUACUUCGCAGUCCACAUCACUGGGGCUCUUGUUCUCUUCAUGACUGAUGGGAUUGUGGGAGAGUACUCGGGCUUCGUUUACAGCUACGCCGUGGAGGAGCCGCUCUCUGUAGUGCACAAAGUGGCCGGGGACCUGCCCAGCCUCUUCUGGGGGUUCAUCACGCUGGGCAGGCUCAUCUCCAUCCCCGUGUCCUACCGAAUGAAGCCAGCAACCAUGGUCUUCAUCAAUGUGGUUGGAGUCCUGAUAACCUUCCUCCUGCUCCUCAUCUUCUCCUACAGCGUCGUCUUCUUGUUUGUGGGGACGGCGUCUCUGGGGCUGUUCCUCAGCAGCACCUUCCCCAGCAUGUUGGCCUACACCGAGGACAUCCUGCAGUACAGAGGCUGUGCCACAACCGUGCUGGUGACUGGAGCUGGAAUUGGGGAGAUGGUGCUGCAGUUACUGGUGGGAUCGAUUAUACAUGAUCAGGGCAGCUACAGUUUCCUGGUCUGUGGGAUGGUCUUUGGAGGCUUGGCCUUUACCUUCUACGCCUUCCUCUUGUUUUUCCACAGGAUGUACCCCAAGUCCUCAGCAGACAUGGACGAUGCCUCCCCUGACAAAGCAGCAGUGAGAGACGACACUGGGCAGUACCAGCGCUAAAGCAGCGGCCAAGCCCUAGACAAGCAAUAAACCACCACACAAUGAAGCAUUACUCUUACGGAUGAUUUCACAUUUAAUGACUGAAUCAUGCGAGUUCUCUGCAAUCAAAAGCACAUUAGAGAGAUUGGGUAAGUCAGAAUCAAGAAAACAUCCUAAAACACUGCGUCAAGCUAAGCACAAAGUUGCCCGUGUCACACACACCAAAAAGACUGUCAGCAUCAGCCUGAGCCU